ACAACUUUCUCCUCUAACAGGGCACUCACGGCAAAUAUGAGCUUAUAUACACAUAUGAGAGCUGCCGGCUUUAGGGGUAGAGCUCACCGUUAAACAUGGGCGGGAGAACCCCUCUUGUUGUCCUCACCUUUUCUCUUGCUGUUCUGAGCAUUGAGCUUGGGAUUUCUCAUGGCUGCCGAGAGACGGAGAGGAAAGCCCUCAUCGACUUCAAGCGUGGACUUCAUGAUCCUUCCAAUCGUCUCUCUUCCUGGGUCGGGGAGGACUGUUGUGCGUGGGAAGGAGUUGGCUGCAGCAACAUCUCUGGUCAUGUUAUCAAGCUGGAUCUUCGAAAUAGACGUCUGACGUAUCCAAUUGAGUACUGCACUCAUCCGGAGGUGUACGACAUAUUGGAUGAUGAUCCAGGAUGCAAAUGGGCAGUGCGUGGUGACAUAACUCCAUCACUGCGUUCUCUCCAACAACUUAAUCGCCUGGACCUCAGCGGCAACUAUUUUAUGCAUAAACCUAUCCCAAAGUUCUUGGGAGCUUUCAGAAGACUAACAUAUCUUAACCUCUCAGGUGCAGGCUUCGUGGGUAGAGUACCUGACCAGCUCGGAAAUCUAUCCACUUUGCAGCACCUCGACCUUUCUUAUAACUGCUAUUGGGAUGAUGACGGUGAAGGCUUCUUCUGCUUGUACCUUGAGAACACGAGAUGGAUCUCUAUGCUCACUUCCCUUCGGCAUCUUAACAUGACUCGUGUCCGUUUUACAAAUGCGACCAACUGGUUACAAGAUUUGAACGUGUUGCCACAUGUUCAAGAGAUUGAAUUAAGAGGUUGUGACUUAUGGACCUUUCCACGUUCGCUGUCUCAUGCCAACUUCACAUCUCUCACCACUCUUGAUUUACGAGGUAAUGAUAUAAACUCCACCAUACCAGAUUGGGUGUUCAAUAUUACUAGCCUCGAGUUCCUUUAUCUUGGUGGGAAUGACCUAUCUGGAUUCUUUCCUAAUUCUGUUACGAAGUUGACAUCUCUCAAGGCACUCGACUUGUCUUGGAGUGUGUUCCAAGAUGGCUUCAUGCAGGUAGCUCCUAUAUCCAACCUCUGCAAGCUCCAAAUUCUCUACCUGAGCCAUGUGCCUAUCAAAGAUGUGCUUGCCAAUCUAGAAAUGGUUUUCUCUGGAUGUCUCAGGCAUAGCAUGGAGGAAUUGGACCUCAGCGGCACCCAGCUGAGUGGUUCCUUUCCGGAUUGGCUAGGGAACAUCAAGAAUCUCAAAUCUCUUGAUCUUUCUUUCAACUCCCUCUGUGGAUCAGUGCCUGCAUCUAUCGGGAAUCUAUCAUUGCUGCAACAUUUAGUUUUAUAUUCUAAUGAUUUGAAUGGGACGAUUUCGGAAGGCAUCGGACAACUGAAGAGCCUUGUCUAUUUGGAUCUCAGUCGUAACUCGUUGAGCAUAUCGGAGGUCCAAUUGGGUAAUAUAUCAAGUUUAAGGUAUUUGGACAUUUCGAACAACUACGACUCGAGAAAAAGUGGAGUGGGAGCAAUAGACAUGAUUCUCGAUGGGCUUCCUUCUAGUCUCGAGUAUUUGGAUGUUUCUUAUAACUCUCUCCACGGAUCAUUGCCUACAUCUAUUGGAAACCUCUCUAUGCUGCAAUCUUUGUUUCUACGUUCCAGUUACCUUAAUGGGAUGCUGCCGGAAGGAAUCAAACAGUUGAAGGGCCUCGUCCAAUUGGAUCUUUACAAUAACUCGUUGAGCUUAUCGGAGGACGGCCUCGCUAAUCUACCAAGUUUGAAAUAUUUGGACAUUUCAUAUAACUCUAUACACUUGAACAAAAGCGAUGACUGGAUCCCUCCCUUUCAGCUGGACGCACUUUAUAUGCAAUUCUGCCAAAUACUACCUAUACCCCAUUUUCCGAAAUGGCUCCAAACACAAACCACUCUUGGUGAAUUAGAUUUAUCAAAUACAGGUAUGAAAGAAGCGAUUCCCAAUUGGCUUCCAUCCAGUCUCGAGUAUUUGGAUCUCUCCAAUAAUAUGAUUGGUGGUGAUGUACCAUAUUAUUUUUCAAAUCUAACUGUGUUGGAUCUCAGCAAUAACUCGUUAUCAGGAUAUCUUCCUCCAAAAAUAUCAAUUAUGAUGUCAAAUCUGAAAUAUUUGUUUCUCUCCGACAAUAAGAUUAUGGGUGGCAUCCCCUUCUCUUAUUGUCGAAUCAAGUCUUUGGUAGUGCUUCGACUUUCUAAAAAUAAUUUGUCAGGGGAGCUUCCUAAUUGCUGGAAAAAUUCCUCAAGUUUACUUAUAUUGGACUUAUCAAUCAACAAAUUACAAGGAGGACUUCCCGACUCCCUUAGCAAUUUACAAAAUCUACAGUCACUACAUCUGAACUACAAUAAUUUUAUGGGACAAAUCCCUCUUUCUUUCAGAAAUUUUACCGGAUUGGUUACUCUUGAUCUGGCUCACAACAAAUUCAUCGGCAAUAUACCAAAUUGGAUUGGAGAAAGCCUACCAUACUUAAGGACUCUCAACUUACGCUCGAAUGCCUUUACUGGCAGCAUUCCUCAGUUAUCUCAUCUUACAUCUCUUCAGAUAGUCGAUCUCUCGAAUAAUCAUCUUUCAGGAAUACUACCAAGCAGCUUUGGUAAUUUUACUGCGUUGAAAGGCUCUCCUUCAAAGGGUUUGUACUUUCAUAAUUUUGACUAUGAGGAUUACAUGUGGCUCUUCACAAAAGGAAGUGAACUCGAAUACAACACCAUGCUACUUUCAAUCGACACAGUCAUUGAUCUCUCCAACAAUGGUUUGUCCGGUUGCAUCCCUAGAGAGUUGGGAAAUUUGCAUCGUCUGCGAAGCUUAAAUCUAUCUGGGAAUUACCUAACAGGGGAGAUACCAAGCAACAUUGACGGAAUGCAACAGCUAGAAAUCCUCGACCUCUCAAGAAACAAUCUCUCGGGUAUAAUUCCUUCGACCUUGGCAGAUUUAAAUUUCUUAAAUGAUUUGAACUUGUCAUAUAAUAAUCUCUCGGGUAAAAUCCCUACUGGGAGCCAAUUGCAAACUUUAAAUGAUCCAUCUGCCUAUGCUGGUAAUCCAAAUCUUUGUGGCCCUCCUCUCCCCAAAAAUUGUACGGUGAAUAUAGCGAAGACUGAUGGAGAAGAGCAAAAUGAAGAUUCUUCUGAGAGCAGAAUGGAAACACUAUGGUUAUAUACAAGCAUUACCCUAGGAUUUAUUACUGGAUUUUGGGCGAUUUGUGGAAGCCUUUUGUUACGACGGAUAUGGAGGAUCGCGUACUUCCGUGCCAUUGAUAACAUGUUUGACAAGCUAUACGUGGAGAUGGUAGUGACCGUGGCAAAAUACAAAAGGAAGCUUUGAUGACUCUGUUGUUAGAGGGGGUCGAUAUGACUCAUCCUACUGAAGCAAUAGCACUGGCAUUGGUAUCGAUCACGUUCAUGGUUUGCAUGUCUUUUCAUAACACACCAUCAUGAUUUUAAUUUUUCCUUGUUGUGCAUGCUAUACUGAAUCUGUUAUAUGAUAUGUUGAUGUUUGUCUACGUAGUUGUUUGUCAAAACUUUAGGUCAUCAAAAUACGAGUCCUCUGCCUAUGGUUUAUGAGUUGUUAUUUGUUUCAUGCAGCAGUGGUUAUGGUGUUCA